AAUUUGGCGAAAAUCAGAGAUUGAAGAGAUGAGGUCGGAGGACAAAUUUCAAGCCUUCCGACGGUUGCCGAGGAUUACCCGGUUAAUUCCUUCCUUCGACUUAUCUUCAACAGCUCUCUAUAUUUGAUAUCUCCAAGUGGUAUAUCUCACUGCCUGACACGACCUUAAUCAAAGGGUGUUAUGUGAUAUCAACCAUCUUAUCGCUUGAAGCCACAAUGAAACCUCGUGGUCUUGCAAUUAGUAUUGGAAGUGGUAGUAAUGGUGUAAGCUCUUUGUCAAGUUUUCUGCCUCCAUGAUACAGAUAGUGGUGGAUUUGUACCUGAUCAAACUCAUGAUGGAGCUCGUACUCAAAGCUCAUGGGCCUGGUGACCUUCAAAGUUGUUGGAUACUCAGAGCUUUUGGACUUGAGGAUCUCAAGCUUCUUUCCAUAGAUAUACACAUGCUCCAUAAUCAUGCGAAACCCUCAUACGCACAUCAUAUCGCGUCAAGGAACCGUGAAUUACUUGACUAAUAGCUCAAUACAGGGUCACAUUAUAUCUCGAAUCUUUUCUGAUCCUAAUGAGGGCAAGUAAGUAAAGUAAACCUCAAUCCCAAACAAUCUUUAAACAAUCUUUUAACAAUCCUCCAGCUUGGCCAUUGCUCUCCUACGCAGAGAUCAACAAAACCUGCCCAUAAUCUGCCCCACGAUUCUCAAACAAAAGCUUCGAUCCCUCCUGCAAACACGUCAUACACACAAUAACUCUCAAAUCUGCGAAACCACUUCAAGAAUGUUCGCAAUCCCGCGUCUUUCGAGUCCCUCCCCAUGGACCUCUCUAUCUCCACCAUCAACACCAAUAGCAAGGCGCCAUAGACAAACACGCUCUUUAAAGACUAUCGCAAAGCCCUCUACGACAGUAUCUAAACCAUCUAACCCACUAUACGUCUACGAAAAAUCCUCAAGGCCAAAAUCUGAGGGAAAAGAUCCGUGGCAGCUAAUAGGUAGUUUUAUUUCGUCUAAAAGAGCAGCGAUAUUCCUAGGUUUAAGUCCCGCCGAGGUUCAGAAAUAUGCCAUCUCAGGAGAAGUAUAUAAAGAACUUUACAAGUUUUCUUACAAAUAGUAGUGGAUUAUGUUUCUCUCAAUUCAAAUCCUUGUCGAAAUUCCCUUGUAGCAUCACUUUGAUGAGACUUUUGGGAUUAAAGGCAAGCAAAAUGGAACUAUCACCUUCAUCGGGACGAUGGCGGCUGUUUAAUAUGGCGCGAAUAUACGGGAUGGAGAGUAAUGGCUAAGUUGGUUGGCGGCAGGUAUGCGAGGAAAGGCGACGCGUAUGAUGCAUUGAAUUGCAAAAUUAAUGAUUGAGAAGCAGCUUGGGUGGCACUUAAGGUAAGAAAAGUGCGAUUUCCAAUGUGGUAAGUUGUUUCACCAUAUUGUUAGUACGUCGCUGUAACAUCCAUAGAAGUCGAACACUCAGCAUGAAUGAUUAAAAUCCACUCAUAAGCAUGAAUACUACCUGCUGUGGAUAACAUAAUACUGAUUUUUUAGUGUAGGAAAAAACAAAGUUAUGACUAAGUGGCCUAGAGCUUGUCCCAGGUAUUAUCUAGAAAUAUGAUCGAUUAUAAUGUCUGCGGUAAUGUUGGAACAUUGAAGUUAUAUCAUAAAAUACUUACUACUCCAGCUUUGAGCAGCGAGAUCAAGUUUACUAAUCUCCACCACGAUUGAAGAUAUGUACAGAAUUUCGAAUGGGCUCAAGCAAUCACAAUAAGGGAAUCAUUGAUAGAU